AUGAUCACAAACGCGUUGUGUGAUCUGGAAAAAUGUGUGGACACGGCCGGGCUCCAACUCGACACGCUCGCUCUGAAGCUGACGGACGUGGAACGCAACUUGGACGAAAACGAGCUAGAGUCGCUGGAAAAUGAAUCCGUCAUGGAGCUGCUAGAGUCGGUGACGGAGGUCAAGAAUGAGUACCAGAACCUGCGCAAGGAUUUGCAAGAAGUGCAGCAGCUACAGAAGGAGAUGACGAGCUCGUUACGAUAUCAGCUGCGAAACAUGACCCAAACGUUCCGUGGACUGAAGAAAAAAAUCGAAUCUAACUCCAUACCCGUGCACCUCGUGCCACCCCCAAACGGAGCGUCCUCCAGGGGCGGUACCAACGAGCCCCGGGAAUCGCAUCCGCAUGCACAACCGCACAUGCUACCGCAGCCAGACCUGACUGUUCACGACCACGGUCCGAGGCGUGCCACCGGCGUGCUGAAGAGUGUCAGUAAGAACUGA